GAGCUUUACAUUGAGGAGGCAAGUGAGAUCCUGAUGCUUCUGUACACACUUUGAUCAAUUCACUUACACAGCAAGGUUUGACAAAGUGUUUCCAGAAUGUCGGUGUCUGUGUCGAAAAAUGAGGGAAUGACUGUGAUCACCAUGACCUCUGACCCAGGAAGCAGUUGUCCCUUGGCGUUCCAGCUGUUAGGUAACCUAUGCUGCAGUCCAGUUUGUGCUGUGUCCCAGGGACUGAGGAGGCUCCUGGCUGGUACCCUGUCAGCACUGGGGACCGUACAGAUCAUGGUUGGGCUGUUCAACAUUGGUCUUGGGGUAAUCCACCUGAAUGAAAGCAAUACUUUCCUCUCUUGGAGUGGUGCCCCCUACUGGCUGGGUGGACUGUUCAUUGCUGCUGGCAUCAUGAGUGUACUUGGUGAAAGGUUUCCAAGUUCUUGUCUAGUGUUCUUGACCACCUGUAUGAAUCUGGCUAGCGGCUGCCUGGCACUGAUUGCCAUUGCGUUGUACUCCAUGGACCUGGUCAAUGAGUACGAUGGGUUCCAUGUGUCCCGGUCCUGCAAAUCAUAUGCGCCUGAAUAUGGACCUGACAGUUACAAUCGACGUCGCUACUGGGAGACAACAAUUUCCCCUGAAGAACGCAGCCUGAAAGAGAGCCUCAGCAGGAAAAACUUUGAAAUUUGCCACAACACCCGCAACAUUCUCCUGGUGUUGCUUGGAGGGAUGGACAUUUUGCUGAUCAUCCUUGCGGUUCUUCAGCUCUGUGUCACCGUCAGGGCCUGUAGUCUGAGUAUGAAGGCUUUGUGUGAGAACAGAGGGGAGGGAAAGCCCAAACCAGAACCUGAACUCUACAGGCCUCUUCUGGACGAGAUCACCACCAACCCUACGGUGUAGAGGAGAAGUUACUAC